UAUUCAUAGCUGAUUUGAGCAUAGAGUAGUCCUCUUUCUUCUGCGGGUUUGGCAUGGUGCUGCAGUGCUCUUUUCAUUUUCAUUAAAGUUGAACAUAAUUGUUUAUUCAUCAUCUAAUUGGAGUUAAUAACUAAAAUAUGCCGAAGAAUAAAGGAAAGGGAGGUAAAAACAGGAGAAGAGGUAAGAACGAGAAUGAAACUGAAAAGAGAGAGCUGGUAUUCAAGGAAGAUGGCCAAGAAUACGCGCAAGUAACCAAGAUGCUUGGUAACGGAAGGCUUGAGGCCAUGUGCUUUGACGGGGUUAAAAGACUUUGUCACAUCAGAGGGAAACUUCGUAAAAAAGUUUGGAUCAAUCAAGGUGACAUUAUUUUGAUCGGCCUUCGUGAUUACCAAGAUGCCAAAGCUGACGUUAUUCUCAAAUAUACAUCCGACGAAGCUCGUAAUCUCAAAACUUAUGGCGAAUUUCCAGAAACAGUUCGCAUCAACGAUACUGUUACGUUUGUCGAGGAUGGGUUCGACGAAGAUAUUGAGUUUGGUGAUGAAAUUAGUGACGAUGAUGAGGACGACGUCGAUAACAUCUGAUGACCCGAAAAAUAAUCAACGGUGGUGAGGGAAUGGAGAUUAGGAGAAGAAUUGAGUGGUGAAAAUUGCAUCACAUGGAGCACAAUCAAGGCGUUCUGCUUGCUUCCAAUCAAUACAUAAUUGAUCAAUUGUAUCUACAAAUAAACAAUUGUAACCACUGA